CUAAUGCAGGAUUUGCCCUAAAAAGAGUGCGAAAAAGAAAUGCCCCUACCGCUACCAGUAGUCUCUCUAUGUUCAGAACAUCAGCAAUUUUACUUCGUUUAAAAUUCUCCGCUGAUGAAUGCUUUACUGAGCUGAUUUUAGUGGUGACGGUGCUUGUGCUGGAAGGUUUACUACGGGUUCGAUUGAUCAAAAUUUGAAUAUCUUUCUUUACAAUUUAUCAAAAUCAUGGUAACAGAAGAAGAAUCAGAGAAAAGGAUUCAGUCGAUCAUGGACAACAUCUUUCGUACUCCUAAACCAAAAUCCAUCACAAGUGUUUCUGGGAAAGAAACUUCCAAGAGAAAAAGAGGGGAUUCUACAAAUGAAUCAUCCGAAUCAAGUAAUUCAACUGGGGGUGUUCUUUCAGUGGGAAGAUUUAAGCGUCCUGCUAUUCUGUGUGGGUCGUCAUUGUCUUCAGAAGCUCCCUUAUGUAGACCAUGGGAUAGAAGUGAUCUUUUGAGAAGAUUAGCGACAUUCAAGUCAAUGACCUGGUUUGGAAAACCUAAGGCAGUAAGUGCCAUAAAUUGUGCACUGAGAGGCUGGAUCAAUGUGGAGAUGGACAUAAUAGCUUGCGAGGCUUGUGGAUCACGUCUCCUUUUCUCCACCCCUUCAUCCUGGUCAAGGCAACAGAUUGAGAAAGCAGCAGCUGUGUUCAGCUUAAAGCUCGAUAGUGGACACAAAUUACUGUGCCCUUGGAUUGAUAAUGCGUGCGAAGAGAGAUUAGCACAGUUCCCGCCAACUACCCCCCCAGCUUUAGCUGAUAGCUACAAAGAACGCUCCUCUGCACUAUUGCAACUAUCAGCUCUACCCAAGGUUUCUUCUUCAGCAAUCGAUUACAUGAGGAGCCUUCAACUGGAGGGUUUUCUGGAAGAAACAUCAACUCUAGAAAUUGGUCCUGGAGAAGCUUCUGCAGUUACCUACUUUGGUAGUGUAGAUGGAAGACUUGAUUCAAACUUGUAUUACCAGGCUUUAAAACUCAUUGCUUUAUGUGGAUGGGAAAUUCGUACACUACCAUAUGCGGUUGACUGCGAUGUCCCCACUCAAUCUUCAGCAAAUAUCCGUCCCGAGGAGUCCUCAUUACAGGUUCUAAAUCAAAAAAGAAACAGCGUAAUUAUGAGCUCAACAACUGGUGGUGAUGAGACGGAUAUUGAUGAGGAACGACAAUCUCUUAGUGAAUUACAAUCUGAUCCAGCAUCUUCUGUUUUGGACUGUAGGCUUUGUGGGGCUAGUGUUGGGCUUUGGGCUUUUUCCACAAUUCGACGGCCUUUGGAAAUGUUUAGGUUAAUUGGAUCUUCUGAAGUCAAUGGUCGGAAAGACCCUGGAAACUAUUCUUUGAUUGGGAACACUUCAGGGGUUGGUGGGCCAAGAGAAGAAGCCCAUGUUGCUUCUAACGGAAUCAUGAGCGCUGUUGCGUCACUGAAGGAAAAACCUUUGAGUUUGAAUUUGUCGAUAGCUGGAGGUCCUUCACCAGCCAAACAGAAUUACAGAGCAACAGUUUCUCUUCCUGUCGUGAGCCGCCAUUUUAGAUCCGUCUCGUCUAAGUCUGAUGUUAGAGACCGCACAUCAUGUGCUUUGGAUAACACCAACUCAAUUCAGGAGAAAGAUCACACAUACAAUACUCCUUGUGUGCAAAUUGCUCAGACUGACGUUAGGUCAGAUAAGCGCAAAACAACCGAGUUUGGCAGUAAUGUGCAAUCACGUUUGAAUAGUGAAUUUAACGAAGUCGAUCCUCUCAGGAAUGAAAUUAACAGUGAUACUCAAGAAAGAGACUGCCUUGGUAUUGGCUCUGAUAGUAGUUUGUUAGUUUGUGAAGCUGGAAAUAAUGUUACGUCUUCUGUGGAUGCAAAUGCAGAUAGUGCUGGAAAAAAGGAUUCAAAAAUAGUUAAUGAAGGACCCAAUGUCCAGAAAUCUCUGGAAAUGCAAAUCACUACACCCUCAGCUCAUUGCUCAGGGAAAGAAGUAGAGGAAGCUCAACUAGACCACGCCGUGGAGUUCGAUCCAAUCAAACAGCAUAGGCAUUUUUGCCCCUGGAUUAUAUCAACUGGCAAUGUUGCGCCUGGGUGGCAACAAACACUCAAGGCUUUAGAUCAUGAGAAAGACCCUUCCCAUCUUACAAUCACAAGCUCUCCUCCAUCUACGCCUAUGUUAGAGCUAGAUGAUCCCAUUACUUCAAUCAGAAAACUUUUCACGUCUCCAUCAUCAACAAAGAGAAAGAAGGUCACCUAAUUGUCAAGAUUCUGGAUAGUUUAUCAUCCUCCAAUGGACAUUUGGAAGAGAGAGAGAGAGAGAGGGGGUAUCUUAAAUGGAUUUUGAAAUACUUCUCCAACUGCCUCUAUUAUCAUGAUCGGAGAGUCAUUCCUAUCUAUUUCUGUUUCUUGUUUUCUUUUUGGUAUUUGCUGACAACGCUCAUAUGUUAUCUCCGAAGGUGUACAUGCUUUAAAGGUUGAAGAAGAUCUGAAGAGCUAAUCGUCUUACAGUUUAGCUCAUGUACCAGAAACCUAGCGUGCAUUCAGUUUAGAGGUUGCGAUUUAUCUCUAACCCGCUGUAUUAUUAUGUUUAUUAUAAUUGGAAGACCAAUAGAAGGUGUUCUGUAUUCUUCCCUACUUAGCCCCGUUGAGAAAUUUUGUACACUCCUAUAAAUCAUUUGUAGAUGGUUUUAUGAUGCGCCAGUUCAAAUGGCAACCUGAUGAAUCAACAUGAAUUUGAGAUUUAUUUUAAAAUUUUCA